UCCGAAGUCUGCUGCGAGGAGUGACACUUUCUGCAGAAUGCCACUAACUCUUUGGGUCCACGCAACUGCCCUCCUUUUUUCUACCUUCCUUCAGCAAGGCUCUGCACAGACUGUGCCGUGCUUCACUGGACUUGGUUGUGCUUCUGGUAGUGUUGGGGAACAGGUUUCAACAUUGGCCUGCUGUAGCAUGGCUGAUACUCUCUCAUUCAGACCUACAGUGGGCCACGAAUCAUGCUUUACAUGUUAUGGGUUUGGAUGGGUACAGAAUAUCAACAGUGAUUUAACAUCAGCUGAGCCUCAAACUGAAGUAACUGCUGUGGAAGGACAGACUGUCACUCUCACACUUUUCUACAUUAAGAAUAAUCCACCAAAUUCCCUCCGAAUAGACUUUAACAUUCAGAGCUCUGGUUCAGCAACAGAGGGAGUGGACUAUGUUGUGACUCCAGAUCCAGCUAGUGUUUUCAUGGACGAAGUGUCACUGCAGUUGGUCCCAGUCACAGUUAAUGUCACUCUAGCCAGUGAUGGUAUAGGAGGAGAAGGAACAGAAGACGUUGUUAUUACUCUAGUCCAGCUUCCACCAAUCGAAGAUGAGCGUGUUCUCGUCAACCCAACUGUCAGGAUCAUUGUCGAGGAUAAUGACAUUCAGACUGGGUUCAGGACGCCAGAGGAUGGAUGUAUCCCAGAGGGUGCGUUGCAGGAGAUCUGUCUGACUAUUGUUGGAUCUCCUGCAGUGGAUACUGUGCUAACUGUCUCUGUCACUUAUGGCACUGCUGGACCUGAAGACUUCGAUCUGAUCACGUCACAAGUGACCAUCACUGAGACUAUGACUGAGUCGUGUGUGAGUUUCCAGGCCAUAGCAGACGGUCUGGGACUGGAGGGAGUGGAGAACCUCACUCUGUCUCUGAGUGGACCUCCCAAUGUACAACUGACUACUGCCUCUCUACACAUCUGCAUUCAGGACUCUGACGUUGUGACGUUUGAGUUUUUCGAGGGAGAGGCAGAGGCUGAAGAAGAUGAUCCUGAGAUCAGUGUGACUAUCUCUAGAAGUGUGGCUACAGCAGAAGAAGUGUCCUUCACUCUCACUCCCACUGAGUAUGAUGCUUCGUUUGGCUUUCCCAUUCCUACCUUUGAUACCAGCUCACCCAACCUUGCAACACCCGGGGCAGACUAUGUGCCUGAUAUGAUACAGUUCACCGUACCUCCUGGAGAUGGCCCAACAGUCAUUGCAGUACCCAUUAUUGAUGAUGUCAUAGCAGAAGAUUCCAACCAAUAUUUCAUUGGAGUCCUGCGCUUCAGUGGAAAUCCAACUGGAGCAGUGCUGGGGAGAGAUGCUAUACUUUUGGGAAUCCAAGACAACGACCAAGCAACUAUUAGAUUCCAGUUUCUCUUGAGUGUUGUUGACGAACAAGAUGUAGAUUUUACCCACAACCUCCUCGUGACUAGAGACGUAGACUCGGAGCAGAACUAUUCCAUUGCUCUCAGUGGCUCACCUAAUACAGCUGAGGACGACGACUUCUUUGUGUCUGACGGCACGUUCUAUUUCCCUCCGGACGUGUCCAGUAUCAACGUGUCAGUCACCAUUCGUGGAGACACGAGAAUUGAACUGGCAGAGACGUUUGAUGUAAGGCUAGGUCAGAGAGGAGGUACAAACUUUGUCGUUGACCCUCUGACCAGAAAUAUCAUUGUGGAAAUCAGAGAUAAUGAUGGAGACUACAUCUACGUACCUGCCCAGAGUACCUAUAUUGUCCCUGAAGGAGAACAGAGAGAAGUCAGUUUUGUCUUGGAUAACCCUCCACUUGAUGGAGUCUUUGAGUUUGACUACAAUGUCGUCCUCUCUACUGCCGAUGGCUCUGCCAUUGGAGGCAGUGACUACAUGUCCAUAGUGGAUGAGGUGAUAGCAGCUAGUACGAUGCCCAAUGGAGUGGUGUCAGUGAAUGUGAGUGUCUUCAGUGAUGACAGAGUGGAGCUGGAGGAGACAUUCUCAGUGGUGGGGAGGGUCAUGGAGAGUGGCCUGAUUGCUGACGGAAUUGGCAGGGAGUUCCCCGUGGUAUUCCAGGGCCCUCUCGACGUCUCCAUCAAUGAUGAUGCUAUCACUAUUGGUUUCGAGAGUAUUGAGUACACAGUGGACGAGGGUGGCACACUGGAGGUAGUCGUGUUGAAAUCUGCUCCGUUCGACUCUGUCAUAGAAUUCGAGGUGGCAGGUGGAAACUUCUCUGCUGUCAGGGCUUUCCCGGAUGGAGCAUCUAGUCCCAACUCCAUAUCAAUAUCAUUCCAAAUCCCUGAUGACAUCAUUGCUCUGGAACCACCGGAAACGAUACUAUGUAUACUGACAGUUCUCGACCCAAAUCCACAGAUAUCUGUCGACCCAGACACUACCACUGUCACCAUAUUCGACAAUGAUUGUCCAGUGACUAUUGGAUUUUAUGAGGCAAACAUUAUUGUCAGAGAAGAUGGAGGAAAUAUAGAAGUAGCUGUCAGUUUACUGCAGCCAGUUGCAGCCCCAGUCUCCGUGGACUUCGACUACAUCCUUGAAACUGCAGGUUUCAACGAUUUUGUGAGAACUGGUCUGUCGAGGCUAACAUUCACUGCAAACGGAACACAGACAAUUCCGUUGGGGAUCCGUGAUGACAAUCUGGACGAACUAGAGAUGGAAACCUUCUCCAUUACUCUGUUUAACCCUCUGCCUCCAGACUGCGUGACCAUCUCUCCCGACCUGGCCACCAUCACCAUAAUUGACGACGAUGAAAUCAUAACUGUGGGGUUUGAAGCUGAAACUCGCACAGUACAAGAAGAUGGUGGAAGUAUAUUUGUAGAUGUCACCAUAGCACAGGAGAUUUCUCAACCUGUCACUGUGGGCAUUGUGUUCAUGGAUGGAACUGCCAUUCAACGAUCAGGUCAAAUGUUCAAUGUUCCGUUCAGCGUGAGCACCUACACUGGUGAACUAGGAUUCCUGGACCCCAGCGAAAGGCAUUUCUACGUGACUGUUGGCAACACACUACCUGGGACGACACUUACAAGAACCUUUGUCGCGUCGCUACAGCCUCGAAUCUGGGAUCGGACCGCUGACUAUUGCCUGUAUGCUGGAAAUCGUCAGUCGGGCCCGACUGGGGAUAUCACCGACGACGACUCUCCUAACGACUCUGACCACAACAGAGUAGGUUCCGUGCGGACCGUGUCGGGGACGCGGCACCUGCUGAAGGAGAGUCUAAACGAGGCGGAGAUGGAGGUACAGACUGUAUUUCAGCUGGUAGCACUGCUGUUGCUCGGCAUUUGCACCAGAGGAGGGAAGGCUCAGGUGGAGUGUUACUCAGAGGGGCAAUGUCCAGAGAAUGUACCGGAAUUGAUUAUCGGCGAAUUUAAUUCAGCUAAAGAGUGCUGCAUACUUGAUGAAGCUCUCUCCUGGCAAACUGCAGAACCCUGUGCAGCAUGUUUAAUUUAUGGGUGGAAAGAGACGUAUUCCGAGGCAGGGAUAGGUGACACAGUGACUCUGACUGUUGGCACUAUCAAGGGGUCACCUGAAAUCAGAGUUAUUCUUGGUGUGGAAUACAACAAUACUGAAGUGAGUGUGGAUGCUACCGAUUUCGACCCAACCAGAUUCAUAUUGGCAGCUGAGGAUCUGAGUUUACAAGUGACAGUGUUGGAUGAUGGUCAACCUCUGCAGGAAGAUAAGAACAUCACGCUGACACUAGCAAAGAUAACAGGGGGAAAAAGUUCUGAUAUCAUUGUCACUGAAGCAAUAAUCGCAGUCAGAGCACAAAAGAUCCCAGUAAUGGUCGGCUUCAACUCAACAUCCCUCACUGUGUCAGAAAGUGACGGCUUGGCUAUAGCUUGUAUCACUGCUAUUGCUCCCAGUCCUACUGACCCUGUCACUGUCACUGUCAAUGUCUUCGCCAUUGGUGGGACUGCUACAGCAGCCGAUAUGGAACCUCCUCUUCCUGCAACUCUAACACUGAUCCCAGACUCUACACAAUGUGUUGAAGUCCCUCUCAUAGCCGGCGAUGGAUACGAACACACAGAGAUGUUCUCUCUACUACUGACUACUACCGACGGUGCCAAUGUUGACAUUGUCCGCAAUGUGACAGAGAUCACAAUAUUGGAUUCAGACAUGGCAUUCAUAGUACUGAGCCCGGAGAUAGUGGAGAUAAUGGAGGGAGAUGAAGAGGUUCAGACUCUAUGUCUCAGUAUCAAUAACUCUGCAGUUGACGUGGAUGUCUAUUUCUCAGAGAGUGAUCUCUCCCAGUUAGUAGGAGAUGUUCUACCGAUUGGGAUGUUUGAGAGCGAAGUAACCUUGUUAGCACAAGGACCUCCUUAUUGUCUUCAGUACAGUGCUAUAGAUGAUGAUGUAAUCGAAGGAACAGAAGUGUUGGAGGUGACGUGGAUGGGGCGAACACCUAGAGUGGUGCCUGCUACUGUCAUCAUGACUAUACUCGAUAAUGACAUGCUUCCAUCUCCUUCACCCUCACCCUCUCCCUCUCCUUCCCCCUCCCCCACCUCUCCUCCGCCAACAAGACGUGUACCAACCCCCGAACAAAUUGCAGACACUGUCAGCGGAGGCGCCUUCCUUGCCGCUCUAAUUAAUGCCCACUCCACAGACACCGACGCACCAAUGGAGAUGGCGCUGUGCUACGAGGUCCACGGGCUCCAGGGGAGAUAUUUCAAUCUCGUGAGCGAACCCUGUCUAUCAGUAAACGCCCACUACAUGGUACAAGACCCGGAUAAACCACUCCAUUUUAUCGACGAAAUAGCGGUGGUGGCAACAAACGCAGAGGGAGCCAACAUUGAGAUGGAAAUUGACAGACACUGUAACCUACUAGUGGACGGAAGCACUACCAGCACGGUGUUCUUAAACAGCAGUGGAGUGUUGGCUGAAGCAAUUCCGGCCUUCAACGAUGUUGUGAUAGUGGCAACUGAGUGUGGUCGAGACAGAGAGACCGUGCUGUGGAUGAGAUGUGUACCACACGAGCACGGCUUCAUGCAGCUGGACAUCAGUCGAGACUUGGGCCUCAGAAAUUCCUCGUCUCACGGGCUACUGGGUCAAUUCUGGGGCGUCUCGAUACCAGUCAGUAAUUACGGGGAAAACCCCGACGAUUACCUCAUUGAAAUUCCUUUCCAUGGUGGCAUAAACCCGCGCAAGAUAGUCGGGAGCAGUCACAAGGUCACCUGGGAGUAUCGCAGACUCAAAUGCCUCUACGUCGGAGACCGGCAGGGAGGGAGAGGGGCGGGGAUCCACGGAGGACCUAAUCAACCUCUAAUUGACGGGGACUAUACCGAUUACCUCACCGAUGGACCUUUCGAUACAGACUUUAUACACUCGCACUUUGGCCAGUGAUUAAUUGUUUCGUUUGAUGAAUUUUGGGUGUUGAUUUUUUGUUAGUAUUAUUAUCAUACUUGAAAGCAAAAGAAUUGGUGAGAGGAAAUCCUCACAUUAAUAUUGCGAUAGGAAAUGAAUUAAUAGAGUGUACACACAGAAUGGCAGUUCUAUAAAACCUGGUAGCAAGCAGUGCUAUGCAGUGAAGCAAGUGUCUAACAGUCUCUUGAUAUCUCUUAGUUCUUCCUCGUGUUCUUCAGAAGACCAAAUCUCAGCCAAAUCCGUCAGAGCACUUUUCAAACCCACCUCCUCCUUCCCACACUCCAGCACCGCCUCCUGAUGAUGCGUCGCC